CAUCAAUUUUAAUCUGACCGAAAGCAGAUGUGGGCGUUACUGGGCUGAACAAGCAGGAUGCACGAAGUAGGAUGGACUCAUGGAUUGUGUGUAUAAAAAGUCAGAGCGAGUGCUCUGAAAAUGUGUGUGUUCCGCGGACCGCUCCGGCUUAAGAUACUGUUGUAUUAAAAGUCUACAUUGAUUUUCACAAAGUUCCUGGUUGUGUAAUAUUUGAACCGAUUUGCCACUACAGACUUGGCGAGCUUUUUCCAGGAGUGAUGAGAGACCGGGGCGUUCCUGGCUGACGGCGGGGUCUUUUGAGCGAUCUGGCAAACACGGGUGGCCACCUAAUUAUAGCAAGGUAAGCAAAGAACUUGCUGUAGUUAUAAUGUUUGCAUAGAUUGUUUCGGAGAUCCUGUCCCAGUGGGGGGAACGUCAAGUAGGUCUCUCUCUCUCAAAUUUCCUAAAAACUAUAGAAACGAAAUAACUUUUUGAAAUUCAAUGAAUUUGCAUGCGUGUGUGUAAGCUUGGGGAUUGUAUAAUGAAUGUGCAUGUUUAGUGAGUGAGUAGGCGGGGGCGCAGGGCUGCAGUUACCUGCUUAUAAAGUCUGAAUAAAAUAAGUAAUUAUAGAAAUCCUACGAUACCGCUUCAAAAUAUUUACCAGAGGGUCUGAAUGGGUAGGUCACUUUAUUGAUAAGUAAUCCUGCGAUACCGCCUCGAAAUAUUUAGCUGAAGGACUGUAUGGGUAGGCUACUUUACUGAUAAGUAGAUAGGGAAAUAUUCAUGGCUACCGCUUCAAGGAAAAGGUCUGUACGGAUGAGUAUUUAGUAAAUAAAUACACAUGGCUACCGCUUUAAAAUGAAGGACUGUACGGGUGAAUAUUUAAAACACAGAAAGAACGCUGGCCUGAUUGUGCGACGUUCAACUGAAAAAGGAAAUCCUGCGAAUACAAAACGCUCCGUCUAGCUAAACGGGGGUUUAUAAAUCAGUAGGUCGCGCCACGAUAUUGCUCUAACGUAGAAUAAAGAUCAAUACGGGGUGGAUGAAUAGGAUAUGAAGACAAGCUGAUCCGAUUAGACAGUAGUCUCGUCAUGUCGUAAAAAUCCUAUAGGAUAAUACCAGUUUAUGUAGAGGAAGUGUAUUAAGCUCGGGGAUAAACUAUAGGUCGUUUUUAGGUAAAAACGAAGAGUAUGCGUGAAAAAUCCUAUAGGAUAGUACCAGUUUAUGUAGAGGAAGAGAAUUAAGUUAGGUAAGAAACUAUAGGUCGUUUUUAGGUAAAAACGAAGGGUGUAUGUGAAACGAAUGUGAAUAAAGAAAUUGAAUGAAAAUAAACGAAUGAAUGAGAAAGAAGAGGAAGAACAGGCUGUGUGUCUGUGACCAACUGGGAAUGCGCAGGCCUCUCUGACAGUCAACAGUGUAAUUUGAGAAAGAGAGCGCAGUUAACACUCACUGGGAAGAGGAACGAAAUCGAUAAAUAUUGGGCAAGAUAAGUUAUACAUAAGUAUAAAACAUUGACUGGAUAAUGAGUUGUAAAAAAUACAAUAGGUGUCAAAAAGAGGUAUUAAACAAGGCAUUGGUAGCAUAUAACGGAUGCGAAGUAGAAAGAAAUAGACUAAAAUAUACUGGUUCAAAUAAAUCUAGGCGGUCUAGAAUAAAGUGAGAAGUCUAGAAUACAUAUUAAAAAUAUCACGAGCCCCGUAAACAAGAUAGAAAGCUGAAAUUUAAAAAAUAGCCUCAGGAAUUAAACAGUAAAAUAGGCUAAGAGAGAAAAUAGCAAGCGGAUAAAUAAAGAGAUAAGAAAGUGCAUUACAUUAUAAAUAAGCUGAAUUAGAAGGAAAAUUAUAUGAAAUAGGAUUUAAUACACUGAAUAAAGUUAAAGUAAUAGUAUAAGCAAAGAUAAAAACACAGUGAUAUUUGAGGUGCUGUACUAGAAUGAGACAUUAAGGCUUCUGUAGAAUUCAGUAAUACAGUUGUAGACAUUAUAGAAUAGGUUUUACUAGGGGUAUUAAGUGAUGUGAAUAAACUAUUAUUUGAGAAAGUAGGGUAGAUCUGCCUUGGGAAAUAGUAAAUAAAGUGUAUAACGCGAUGGGAGUGUUUAGGGGAAAUAAAUAAGUGACAUGGAAACGAACGGACUGUUUCUCCCUGGAAUAUAGAGAUAGCGAAAUGUAAUAAAGCCAUAGAGACGCUGAAAGACGCGAACGUUAAUUCUACCAAUUCAAUUUGGAUAUAAAGGAGCAGACGGUAUAAUGUAGAUAGGAUAAAUAAAAUAAUGAAUUGGAACAAUCACAUAAAACCAUAACACGAAGCUUAACUUAACAUUCUAUCAUCAGAAAUGCAUUACGAUAGGGGAAGUGUAAGAAGUUGUAGAGCAGGGCUAACUAAGGGUGGGGGAAAAUUAGUGUAAGAUGACACUGGAAUGUGGGAGCACCCUUUUCAAAAGAACAGCGGCUGAUCGUUCUAAGGUUAAUAUGAAUAUAGUUUUCUCCAAGCGGUGUAUAGUCUGAUUUAUCAAAAAGUGGUUCAUAAAGAGUACAUACGUACUAGAUCACGUUUUACAUAACUUCUAGUAAGGUACCGAUGUAAUUUACAAAUAGCCCCACUUGGAGUCGUUUUGUAUUAAAAUGGUGGUUUCAAUGGUGAUAAAAUGCGUGGAGAAGUUGUUAUUGGUGUCAAAAUACGGAGAAUAAACGUAUAUGAAGGAUUGCAGAACGUGGUGGUUGGAAGAAGAGCAAAUUGUAUUGUAUGGGUGUUUUCAGUUUCUAAGGGUAGGAUACAGAUGGCCGAGCAGGGAGGGAUUGGGCGUUCCGUGCAUGGCUGGAGCUUUUAGUGCAUGCUUGGGAAAAGUGAGGGGAUUUUUAGCAGAUGUGUGAUAAUGUUGGCUUGCUGAUUUAGGUGGCAUGGUGAAUGUUAACAACAUGUACAUUUCUUUUCCAGAAGAAAAGGGGUUACAUUUUCAAUGGUUUUUUCAAUUCAGUUUUAGACUGGGUAUGCAGAAGGAUGGAAGUGCUUUUGAAAGUGUGGUUAAGAUGUUUCUAAAGAGAGUGAAUACAUUAUAAUGGUGUCAAAUGCCCUGAACCCUAAUAAUUUCCUGUGAAGACUGAUCAACUUCACUAGAAAUUGUUGGAACAGGUGGGAUUGAAUUAUAAAAUGAUUGAGCAACACCAGUCUCUAUUCAAAGUGUACCAUCACUUUGAAAUUCCAUUAUUUCCUUGGGAAAAAGAUGAAGAGAGGUAAUCUUGAAUUGACUAGUUAUUAAAAUAGGUUUAUUUUUAUGAAACAUGGGUUCAUAGUUGAGAUUAUCAGUUCCCUGGGGUUAUGGUUUUUGGGUAAAUACAAAAUGUGUUUUGUUCAUUCUACAUAUAAAAUGGAAAUAUAUGUAAACAAGGGAUAACAGUUACUCCAAAUAGGUUAUUGGAGUGGGAGUUUCUGCAAGCUACAUAAUCUGUAGCUCAUCUGAGAGAUUGCCAGUAGAAUAAGGGAGUUAUCAUAGAAUGUGAUUAUCACCACAACAAGUGUGUGUGGAACUCUACCCCACCCUACUGGCUGAAUAGUGAAGGACAGCUGUGUCUGAUGACCUGUGAACUGUCUCUGGAAUGCUAUGUACUGGGAGAAGAAAGACUAAAGGGGAUAAUGACCUUAUAGUACCAGGCCACUCAUGACAGAAAAACAGAGGCAAAAAGGUGCAUGAUAAAAUAGAUGUUACUGGUACUAAAAGUUUUUAGUAUAAUGUUAAUUAUUAAAGGGAUGAUGAACUAAAUUGAGUAGGUAAAAUUUGAGUUAAAGUAAACACUAAGGACUGUUAUCCUGAAUAUUGGAUUGGAUAAUUUAUAAACACCAUUUAGUUGUGUUUUUGAAUGUAGGAAAACUCUGGAAACUAAUCCUGAGACAGGUUGGUUGACAGAACUUGCAGAAUAUUAGAAUAAGGGUUUUUGUUUCUUUUAUUUUACAAUAUCAUUGUAAUUGGAGUGAUACAUUGGAAUGACAUAAGUAAUUGAAUAAAAAGUAUAGUCUGUUGUGUGAUUAACACCCAAGGAUGAAGAAGAUAUUACAAAUAGUGGUAAUUUAUUGCAAAUAUGCAGUUAUUAUAAUUUACUUUACUAUUUUUCUUGUUUGGUAAAUUUAUUUCUGUUUUGAGGAAAAUAAGAGUCUGAGGGGAGACUGAUAAAUUGACUAAAAAUGAUUUGAGAAUGUUUAAGUAUGUAUCAAACUAUGGGAGGAAAUUAGGAGUAGUGACUUAUGUGUUAUGGUAACAAAGGGGGGUGUUAUUUCUAGAAACAAUGUGUAUUGAUAGACAAGAUAAUUGACAGUUGGUCUUGUAAAGAUAUAGGGACACUUCUGAAAUGAAAUAGAACAUUACACACACCUAGAUUAUGGUAAAAGUAAUAAGUAGUGACAUUUUGAAGAAGCUUAGGACUUAGUUUUGUUAGGAUUGGAUAUUCUUUCAACUGGAAGACACUUGACUGAGUACAUGUUAUUUUUACAGCAGUUGCUGUAGGGACCAUAACUUGGAUAUCAUUAUGAAUAUUUUUGUGGCAAGAGGUCAGGUAUUUGAGACAGAAUGUUUACAUAACAGAAUGUUUACAUAGGGCUGUAAUUUAAGAAAGUCUGUUGUCAGGAAAUAACCCAUGUGUUAGUAUGUAUGUUCCCAGGAAAAGAGCAGUAAGAUGCCAGAUGGAAGGGCAUGGGCUGAAUUCUGGAGACUGAGUGUACAUCAAGAUACACCGGGCUGGGGAUAUACUUCUUACAGCACCUGCAGUGGUAAAGAUCGUCAUGUCUCUCUUUGAUGGGUGCAUAAGUUUCACAAGAAGUAAGGUCCAGCUGAAUAAUGGUCUUUUGUUUAGGAAACCAGAUGGAGAAGGGUUUUCCAGCUUCAGCUGGAAUGUCAGUUUGUGUGAUGAGUGAUGGAAGUAAGAGAAUGUAUGGUGUAAUCAUAGAACAGAGGCCAUAAGUCUUUAAGUAUGAAUGCCCCACAGAAAGAAGGCAGAAACCUGAACCAGGACGAGAGGUUCCACAUCUGAUGAUCCAAGGAGACCAGAAGGACCUCUCCCAGUGGUACCAGGAGAUCUGGUCUACAUCCGAGUGUUCCGGAGGAAGUGGGAUCAGCCGAGGAGGGAAGGACCCUACGAGGUGGCAACGGCCACAAACAAGGCCGUCCAAGUGAAAGGAAGCAAUACGUGGUAUCAUCUAAACCACUGCACCCGAGUCCCGACGGAGAGAAGGACACAACCAUACAGAGGUGGGGACACAGAGGAUGCUGAUUCACCAGAGGGGACCCCGGAGGGAGCAGGAGCAGCGGAAUCGAUCAAAGCCCCAGGGAGGACUCAAGAAAUUGGCAGACCAAAUACAACGAGUGCAUCAGCUAACACACUCCGAAGAAGCACCAGGGGAAAAGAGCCUGAAAAGAAAAGAGCCUGAAAAGAAAAGAGACAAACGACCAAAGUUUCCUCCAGUAUGGCCAGAAAGCCCAGAAGUGGGAGGGGGUAACAUGUCUGCCACUCCUGAUGAUAUACCUGUUGGGGCAGGCCUCUUUGACAGAAGCCCUCUACAGAGGGGCUCCGAGGUAUUGCCUAAAGAAUGGGAACAUCUCUUCCCUGAAAUGGAUGCCUUCUCAGAUGGAAGCCAGGUUCGGCCUGAGGAGGGAACAACAGGAGAAGAAAGCGGAGGAGAAGCAUUAUACCAAGAGCAGAAGGAGAAAUCGUGCAAGGAAGAACAGAAAUCCUGCAAGAUGAAAGAAAUGGGGAUUUCCCUACAAUUGAUUUUUCAGCUCUUACCUGAUCUCCAUAAUGAACUAUUGAAAUUAGGACCACGAAAGAACAGUGACAAUGACAGAAUAAGAGCGAUUGAGGACAAUACGAAGAUGAUGCACGCACUCACCAUCAAGAUAAAUGAUAAAAGCAGGAAGAGAAGAGAGGAACCUGUCGAACGAGGUAAAAAGACAGGACCUGUUGAUAGGUUUAAGUUUCAUGUUCCGCCACAACUUCUAACAGAACUAGGGGAACAGAGGACAGGUUAUGUAUGGAAGAAGAAACCUGUACCAGAGGAGCCACUCUGUGGAUGGACGCGUCAUAUAACAAAGGGAGAAGCUGUUUGGGACCCCAAAGGAUGUGAUCUGACAUUAACCAAAUAUGUGGAACACUGGGAGUUUAUCAUGAACAAGAUAACACUAGCAGAAGGUGGAGAAUUUGAAAUUGAAAUAGCAAGAAUAGGACUGAGUGAAGGAAACAGUUACGAAUAUGUUAAAUUGGGUCCUAUGCCAGCACCUGAACAAAAACUGCUGGUGACAACCAAAGUAAUGACAACAAUGGUGGCGGCUGCUGUAACGACCAACUACCACUGAGAUGACACCAACUGCUCUUACCAAGCAGACCACGGCAAUCACAAAGACACCUGACACAUCAGAGCCAAAAGGAUUCUUUAAUGAGAUUUGGAAUUCUUUUUCAAACUCAAAUGAUCUAUCUCAUGACAAGAACAUUGCCAAGAUGACAGAUAUAGAUGUAUCAGACUCAGAAUCGUUCAAAGGCACCACACAGGAAGAAGAGGUGAAAAACGAAUGUACCUGAACCUGCAUCGUUUGAAGAAAUGUGUUAAAUGUAAAAUGUUCAAUAUUCAGAGAAAGUAUUCUAUUCCCUUGUGUGACAUAGAAUGUAGGAUUGCCCAUGGGAGUACUAGAGGCAGGACUGUGUUGAACAACACUGGGUUGGGUGACAAGGAUUGUGCUGCCUAUAACAUUUGAACUGAAUUAAAUGGACCUUUGUUAGAUAGGAACACUGUGAUUAAAGGAAUAUAUGAAUGUUUUUACAGCCAUAACACCGAAGGUAUUGAUGUAGGUAACACCACUGUAGAAUGUGAUACUAUUUGGGUACUAGAGACUACAGGGGUUGAUAGCGAAUAGAAAAGGGUUGUGUGGUAAAAACAAACUGUUGAAUGUACUGCCAGAUGGAUGGAUUGGGUCUUUGUACUUUAGUUAGAGCAAUUCAACAGGUAACCAUUAUUAAAUCACCCCAUGAUGACUAUGUUAACUCUAGAGUUAAGAGGGCGUAUGAGAAAGAUGCUGAGGUAUACCUUGAUGCAAUUGGACAGCCUAGUGUGGUACCUCGGGAGUUUAAGGCAAGAGAUGAAGUUAAAUCUGGAUUUGAAUCUAUAUUUUUGUGGAUAACACCAAAUAAGAACUUAGAGUGGAUUAAUUAUAUAUACUAUAACCAACAGAGAUACAUUAACUAUACUGACUCGGCUCUAACUGCGUUGGGGGAACAGGUACAGGCUACCAGUAAAAUGUCUUGGCAAAAUAGACAGGCUCUCAAUUGGCUUUUGGCAGAGAAGGGUGGAGUUUGUAUUAUGUUCGGGGAUGAUUGUUGCACUUUUAUUCCCAAUAACACUUUGCCUAAUGGAUCCUUUGCAAUCGCUAUGGCUAAACUUAAAGGUUUACGAGAAGAGGUUAAGAAAAAUGCUGGGGUGGACUCUCAUGUUUGGGAUUGGUUGGACGUAGCAUUGGGAAAAUGGGGAGCCAUGUUUGCUAGGAUGACCUUUAUGCUGGGAGGGGGGAUAUUGGCUCUGGGUAUUGUAUUUUGUUGUGUUUUACCCUGGGUGAAAUCACUUGUGAUCCAGACAACGGUUAAACAGAUGUUUGUAAGUAGAGCUGACACUCUGGUGAUAGUUAAUCCUGUGCUGGGUAGGCCAGGCCUCUAUACUGAUGGGAAUGGACAGUUAUGCAAUGUGGUUGGUGGACCCCCUGACUGCCCUUUUGGUAAUCCAAACUGCCUGUAUGGAGUGGUCUCUGGAGGUGGUUACACUUGCCAGGGUUUUCAUAAGGAUGGUUUACAUGUUGAUGCUGACAUUCCAAAGUCAUAGGACAGUCAACUGAUACGUAUCCACAAAAAGGGUAUUUUCCAUAGUAAAUACAGGGGUACUAUGUAUUUCUAUUUUUGCUUUUGGUCUUUUGUUUUAGUAUGUUUUGUUGAAUGUUUUUGAUAGGUAUAUCAAUGGAUAUAUCUGGUUUCUUUUAAUUAAAAGUUAGUUUUGCCUUCUAAAAUG